AUGAGUAAAAGGAGUUUAAACAAUACAUCAUCAAACACAAAAGCAAAAAAAUCAAAAUAUUGGUCCCUAGGCUUGGUCGACGCAAUGAAAAACCCUGAUUCCAUAGUAAAAAAAACCGAGCACUGUGUUAUAAUCAAAGACAAAUAUCCUAAGGCCAAAAUUCAUUACUUAGUGUUACCUCAAGAUAAUAUAAGUAGCAUCUAUAUGUUAAAUAGAUCGCAUGUAAAACUUAUAGAAGAAUUUGGUAAAUUGUUUAAGGAAAUACAAGACGAAGUCGAAGUGACACUAAGAGCUGGUUUUCACGCAGUACCAAGUAUGCAAAGACUUCAUAUGCAUAUAAUCAGUGGUGACAUGGUGUCGCCGUGUUUGAAAACUAAAGUACAUUGGAAUAGUUUUACUACUGACUUUUUUAUGCUUUUCGAAGAUGUACAACAACAAUUAAAAGAGAAUGGCAGUAUAAAGAAAAUAUCACCAGAAUUGCAUAAAAGUCUACUGGCCACUGAACUACAAUGUAAUCAAUGUUUAUUUAAGCCAAAAAACAUGCCACAGCUUAAAGAACAUUUGUUUAUACAUAAUAAAUAA